AAAUUUGCUCAAACAAUGAUCUUUGCUAUAAAUGAGAUAAACAAAAAUCCUGAAAUGCUGCCUAAUGUCAAUCUUGGCUACAAGAUUUAUGAUAACUGUGGCACCAUGGACAUACUGAGAGCAGCACUGGCACUGGUGAGUGGAUUAAAGGGAGAAAUCAGUGAUGGCAACUGCACUAAACCUGAAACAGUUCAAGCUAUCUUGGGACAUUCAGGAUCAAGACCAACCAUUGCAUUUGAACAGGUUGUUGGAAGGUUUCAUAUACCUGUGAUCAGCCAUUUUGCCACCUGUGCCUGUCUGAGUAACAGGAAAGAGUACCCCACCUUCUUCAGAACUAUUCCCAGUGACUACUACCAGAGCAGAGCCCUGGCAAAGCUGAUCAAGCACUUUGGCUGGACCUGGAUUGGGGCUAUAGCUGUGGAUAAUGAAUAUGGCCUCAAUGGCAUGGCUGCAUUUAUCCAAGGUGCACAAGAGGAGGGGGUGUGCAUUGAGUAUUCUGAAGCAUUCUCAUCAUCAGAUCCACCUGACAGACUACAGAGGAUAGUAGAGAUCAUUGAACACGCCACCUCCAAAGUGAUCAUGGCUUUUAUGUCUCACAGAGAAAUUACGAUGCUGGCGACAGAGUUGUACAAGCAGAACAUUACAGGUCUGCAGUGGGUUGGCAGCGACGCCUGGAUCACAGAUCAUUCUCUGACUGACAGCGAAGGGCACAGCAUCCUGGUGGGCUCACUGGGCUUCGCUGUCAGCCGAGCUCAGAUCCCAGGGCUGGAGGAGCACCUGAGGCAGCUCCACCCAUCACAGUUCCCUGACAGUCAGUUUGUCAGAGACUUCUGGGAAGACGUGUUUGACUGCUCUCUGAAUGAAACAGCAAACUCACAGAGAAAGCCAUGCAGCGGCUUUGAGAGCUUGCAAAAUGUGGAAUCGCAAUUCACUGAUGUGUCUGAGCUGAGAUUCACCAACAAUGUGUACAAGUCGGUUUAUGCAGUGGCUCACGCUCUUGACAACCUGAUGAAAUGUGAGGACGGUAAAGGACCUUUUUUAAAUGGGAGCUGUGCUGAUACCAAACACAUUCAACCAUGGCAGGUCCUGCAAUAUCUCAGCACUGUGAAUUUCACCACUGAAGAAGGGGAAAGAGUUUAUUUUGACAGUAAUGGAGACUCACCCGCGAGAUAUGAACUUGUUAAUUUACAAAUGACAAACAAAGGAACCAUGGAAGGAGUGACAGUCGGCAUUUAUGACGCUUCUCUUCCAGAGAGUCAACAGUUUAUAAUGAAUAACAUCCCAGUAGUCUGGGGAAACGGGCUGACGGAGGUGCCUGUGUCAGUCUGCAGUGACAGCUGUCUCAGAGGAACUCAUAAGGUCCUCCAGAAGGGAAGGCCAGUCUGCUGUUUUGAUUGCAUUCCCUGUCCAGCAGGCGAGAUCAGCAACUUAACAGAUUCAAUAGACUGCAUGAAAUGUCCUCUGGAAUACUGGUCUAACAGCCAGAGAGACGCCUGCAUCCCAAAAGCAAUCGAAUUCUUGGCAUAUGAUGAAAUCCUGGGAACAUUAUUAGCCUUAUUUUCAUUGCUGGGACUUUUUCUAACCAUGAUCACAACACUGGUCUUUUACUGCCACAAAGAAACUCCACUAGUACGAGCCAACAACUCUGAGCUGAGCUUCCUGCUGCUCUUCUCCUUGACUCUGUGUUUCCUGUGCUCUCUGACCUUCAUCGGUCGGCCCUCUGAGUGGUCCUGCAUGCUGAGACACACAGCAUUCGGCAUCACCUUUGUCCUGUGUCUCUCUUGUGUUCUGGGGAAAACUAUAGUGGUGUUAAUGGCCUUCAGGGCCACACUUCCAGGCAGUAAUGUGAUGAAAUGGUUUGGACCUGCACAGCAGAGACUCAGUGUUCUGGCUUUCACUCUCAUACAGGUUUUAAUUUGCAUACUCUGGCUGACAAUCAACCCUCCGUUUCCUUUCAAGAAUCUGUUGCUGUAUAAGGACAGAAUAAUCUUAGAGUGCAAGCUUGGCUCAGCUGUAGGCUUCUGGGCUGUGUUAGGAUACAUCGGGCUUCUGGCUGCCCUGUGUUUCAUCCUUGCUUUUUUGGCUCGAAAGUUACCUGAUAAUUUCAAUGAAGCCAAAUUUAUCACUUUCAGCAUGUUGAUAUUCUGUGCAGUGUGGAUCACCUUUAUCCCAGCUUAUGUCAGCUCUCCUGGGAAGUUCACUGUGGCUGUGGAGAUAUUUGCUAUUUUAGCUUCUAGCUAUGGGCUACUCUUCUGCAUUUUUCUGCCAAAAUGUUUUAUAAUUCUGUUUAGGCCUGAGCAGAACACUAAGAAACACAUAAUGGGAAAGACAUCUAACAAUGACAUACAUUAUUGA